UGGUCGCGACGCCGCGGUCGGCGAGGUCCAUCAGGAACAACUUGAAGUGGGGCAUCUCGCCUUCCAUCAUCUCGACCGUCUUGACAUCCUCUUACUCGUGCCCGGGAGACGUGAAUCGACAUCACGCAACGGUCACGGCACCGCCUCGCGAUGAUUGAAGCGGUUCCCGCAUUGGCUGAUCAUUUGGAACGUGAGAAGAGUUCUAUUCGAGAUGAAGGGUGCCAAUGCGCUGAAACAAGCUGAGUAUUCUAAUGCCAGGCCUCAAGUACGUAAGAACAAUGCGUGGUGGGAAAAGGUAAGAUUGCAUGGUCCACAAAUUGUCCAUUUAUCAGGAGUUUCUCGUCGACUAGAGACCGAAAACAUCCUUGACAGUCUUCCACUGAUGUCCCGCCCACAGCGCGUUUCCGCUCUUGGACGCCUCUUCAUCGGACACACCUUU